CGUUGCCGGGUUGUACUUCUUCCAUUGCCAUUCCAAGGACACAUAAAUCCGAUGCUUCAGCUUGGAUCCGUUCUUCUCUCUAAGGGCUUCUCCAUCACAGUUAUUCACACUGCUUUCAACUCCCCUGACCCCUCAAACCAUCCUGAAUUUCAUUUCGUAUCCAUACCUGAUAACUUAUCUGAUCAAGUCAUCUCUUCUGGCAAUUUAGUACUUCUUAUAUCAGUUCUUAACGUGAAUUGCCAAGUGCCCUUCCAGGAAUGUUUGGUUCGGGUAGUGGAACAACAGGACGAACAAGAAGAGAUUGCUUGCAUUAUCUAUGAUGAGUUAAUGUACUUCUCUGAAGCAGCAGCAAAGAAUGUGAAGCUGCCAAGUAUUAUCUUUCGCACCACCAGUGUUUCAACAUAUAUUUCUCGUAGUGCGAUUCUCCAACUCAAAGCAGAAGGUAUUCUUAGUUUGCAAGGUUCAACAUCGCAAGACUUGGUGCCUGGGCUUCAUCCCCUCAGAUUCAGGGAUUUGCCUGUUUCCAAAUUCGGAAUUCCAGAAAAUUUCCUGCAGUUGAUAUCUAAGAUGAGCAAGACAAGAACAUCUUCAGCUGUUAUCUGGAACACUAUUGAUGUCCUUGAACAGUCAUCACUUCGAAAGCUCCAAAAACAAUGCCAAGUUCCAAUAUUUCCUAUCGGUCCUUUGCACAAGGUCUCUCCAGCCUCCUCAAGCAGCUUGCUAAAGGAGGACACCGGCUGCAUUACAUGGCUUGACAAGCAAAUUAAGAACUCAGUUCUGUAUAUAAGCUUGGGGAGUGUAGCAUCCAUAGACAAGAACGAGUUAGUUGAAAUGGCUUGGGGUUUAGCCAACAGCAAGCAGCCAUUCUUGUGGGUUGUUAGGCCUGGGUUAGUUGACGAUCUGGAAUGGAACAAGCUGUUGCCUGAGGGUUUCAUAGAAACUGUAGGAGAAAAUGGCUGUAUUGUAAAAUGGGCACCCCAAAAGGAGGUAUUAGCACAUGGUGCUGUGGGAGGGUUUUGGACCCAUUGCGGUUGGAAUUCAACACUGGAAAGCAUAUCAGAAGGGGUUCCAAUGAUCUGCAGACCAUGUUUUGCCGAUCAGAGGGUCAAUGCAAGGUUUGUCAGUCACGAAUGGAGGGCCGGUUUACAAUUGGAGAAUAUGUUUGAGAGAGGAGAGAUAGAGAGAGAUAUCAGGAGCCUAAUGGCGGAAAAAGAAGGGGAAGAAAUGAGGCAGAGGGCUUGGAAUUUGAAGGAGAUGGUUGAACUCUGCUUAAGAGAAGGUGGCUCUUCCUACGUUUCCUUGAAUCAGUUAGUCGAGCUAAUCACAUCAUUUUGA